UAAUAUCUAUUUCACGUUUAUAUUCAUUUACUCUAUACAUUAGUGUACCUAUCUAGUUUUUUUUUUCCCAAUGUUAUUUUCAAUAAAUAUUCGUGUUGGCUACUGCAGUGAUUGCCCGUACAAGGUAAGUGCGAAAUUUUACUCGACAUCUAUCAUAAUAUUUGUUUAAUACCUAUUUACCCGUUGCGUAAUACCAAUUGCCAAGUAUAUUAUUUUUGAACAUCAUACGAAUAAUAAUUUGGUUAUUAAUGUCGUUUUAUUAUUUUAUUGAUCGAAUGAUGUUAUUGCAAUUAUUUAUAAUUAUAAAUAGGUUUCAGGUACCAUAAUGACGAUUUGAUAAUAAAAUAAAGUUGUGUAUAUUUGUUAAAAUAAUAUGAACUAUAGUCUCUGUGUGGAGAAAAUUAUACUAGGUCGGUAAUUAAAUACCAUCGAUAAAAAACAAAAAAACGUUUAUGAAUUUUAUUUUAUUUUAUUAGAAACGAAAAAUUACAGAAGUAGAUUGUGACUAAAUAACAUUAUCACUUACUAAAUAUAUAUUAUUACCCUUUUUUAGAUUUGGUAGGUAUUUUGAAAAUUGUACAGAAAAGUGAUAAGACAAAAUAUCCGAAACAUAGGUACCGCAAUACUCGUAAUAGUAAUUAUAGUAUGGACAAUGUUAUAUUUUAGUUUUACCUACCUGUAAAAAAAAUGGGUACUCUCUUAUUGGCUCUUAAAUUCAGGUAGGUGACCUUUUUUCACUCGAAUUGCUUCCGGGUGUUUUCGGAGGCAAUUCGAGUAUACUCAAACCGUCCACUGGGAUUGCCUUCUACAGCAUACCUAGAUUAUUAAUUAAUAUAUCCAUAGUUGAUGUGUACUAUCGAUUAUUAUAUUGAAAAUUUCAAUGUUUGAAAGUAUUAACAAAUAAAUUUAAACCUCGGAAACAUACAACACAAUUAAUUUUAAUUUAAAUUUUUGACCAUGAAACAUAAUAAUAUUUAUUUAUUAAUUGUUUACGAUAAUUCGUUUUUUCUAAAUUGUAUUAAGUAUGCGGAGAUUUUUACUUUUGGAAAAAACUUUAUUUUUUUUAUUAGUUAAAGUGCUCCGAUUUAUUUUAUGCCAUACCAUUAAAGAUGAGGAUUUUUCGACCGAUGGCUAAUGAUAUUUAUUUAAUUAUUUAAAAAAAUUAUCUAAGGUCUUGACACUUUUUCUUUAAAAUUAAAAGAACUAAAAACAAUAAUUAUUAUAACGAAUAACGAUACAUUUGUUUUCUUUUUGCUGAUUUAAAAGUUUUCUUAUCUACCUGGGUUAAUUUGGCAUUUUUAAAAGAACACUAGUUUACUAGUUGAAUCACACUCUAUAUCUAAUACAUCUUACUAAAUUCUCAUUUACAAUGACCUGCCCGUGGUUCUAAAGAUGUUACUAUUUUUUUUUUAAAUAUAUGUAACCAUAAAAUAUAAAACAUUUAAUUUUAUUACCCAUCAUUAUAAUUAAACGUACAUUUAAAACAGCAAAAGUGUAAAAGCUACAAAAUAAUAUUUAUAGAAAUAACGGUGUAUACUUACAACUAUGCCACAGUGUAAUGUAAUGCACACAGCAUCAUACAUUAUGUUAUUUAGGUGUACCAAUUAUAUAUGAACACUUUCGGAAGUUUAUACAAUGAAUACGUAUGUAUAAUAAUAUAAUCAUUAAAGCAGAGGAAAACCAGAUAACUAUGCCAAUAUGUCAACAUUUUAUUAUAAACAAAAUGUGCCUGUAUGUUACAACUUUACACGUGCAGAAUAUACGUUCUAGAAAAUGUUGAAAUAUCUAUUAUAUUAUUACGAAACACAAAUAUGAAUAAUACGAUAUUAGAUUAGUAAAAAAAAAAAAAAGAAAACUUCUGUUUUAUAUACAAACAUAUGUAUAUGUUACUAUGUUGGUUAUAACAUCUAUUUAGAAAAUAAAUAUAAUAACAUAGGUACCUACUAUACGAGUUUAAAUAGUUCUAUAAAUAGAAUGUCGAACAACGCACGGUAACAACGCAACCGUAAGUUUUGAAAAUUGCUCACUAAAAAUACAAAACUAAUAAAAAAACAUUACAAUUUUAUAAGUUUAGAAACUCAUAAUAAAAAUCAGUAGAUAGGUAAACCUACGCGGGCGCCCAGAGGGGGUGGCAAGACGGGGUAUCUGCCUCCCCUGUAUUUCAAAAUUUUAAACAUAAUUUCAUUUAAGUACUUUUUGGUGUUUUAUUUUAUUAUGUCCCUCCGAGAUAUGUGAAAUAUCAUGAUUUUAAAAUGCUUAUUUGUUGCUUGAAAAAUUUAAACAACGAAAAAAAAAACUCAGAUACUGUUCUAACUUUUAACUGCUUUAAGAUUGAUAAUAGGUCAAUCUGGCACACUAAUAUCUAAUAACAGUACAAAGUCGUCCCUGAAGAACGCAGAUUUGCGAUUUUGCGAAAUCAUAGUAGGUACAGUUGAUGAAUAUUAUAGGUACCUAUCAAUUGAACAUUUAAUACACCUAUAUGUAUUUUCGUACUUCAAAUAGUAGUUACUCAGGCCUUGUUAGUCGUAUAAACUUGAUUUUGGUGCCAAAAUAAACCUUAACAAUUUUACUAUAAAAAAAAUAGAUACCUAUUAAUCAAACAAUUUUUUUCACCGAACAGUGUCUGUUAAUAACUUUUCUACCAUAAAUCUUGUUUUAAUCAAAAAAUUAUUAUUUGUUGCGUUUUAGAUCUAUAGUUAAUGUAAUGAAAAUAUUUUUUGAUUUUCUAAGUGGUUUUAAUAAUAAUUGGGUAAAUUGGAAAAACUAGAACACCGGAUAAGUAUCUACGAUGCCGAGUAAAUUUUACAGUUGUACGAUUUGUUUUUUUUUUCUAGAAAUUUUGCUUCAAUGAAAAAAACCGAAAAGAGAUUUUUGUUGCAUUUUGUAUCUAGUAGUCGUGUGAGAAAGUCAUUUUCGAUUUUCUAAGGUGUUUUCUUAAUGAUUGGGCAAAACUGAGGGUGUAAAUGAAUCGCGAUAAAGUUUUGAUUUGAUAUAUUUUUUUUUUUUUUUUUUGUAAAUUGGUUAAAAAUUAUCGCAGAUAACUGAAAUUUGCACAUUGCAGUAUUAUCUAGACGUGGAAAAUUCUUUAAAACAUUCUGGCGAUAUUUGAGCAAUUUAUGGAUAUUUGACAUUUUAAGUUUUUUAAAAUAAUAUUUUGAUGAAAACCGAAAAAAUUAGGGAAUUUCCUACAUUGUAUAUUAUAUGUUAAAUGUUUAUAUAAUAUACGUACACCUAACCGAACUUCGUUCAGGAUCGUUUUUCGUAAGCAAUAAUUUAUCGUUCCUUGUUUUCUUCAUUUUUAUUUAAAUGUCAUACUUAUUUAUGAAUAUUAAACUAUUAAAUCAUUUUUGUUUUUAAACCAUAUUGGUAAUAUAAAUAUAUUGUAUCAUAAAGUAUAGUGUAUACUGCUUCUGGGAUAUUGAUUAUUACAACAAUACAUAGGUACAUAUUAUAAUAUAUAAUACUAAGUAUGUAUCAAUAAACUGUGUUAAUUAAUGUUAUAUAAUUUUACAUAAUGGUAUAACGUACAAAUACCAGUUAUUAUAAUAGUGACAAAAAACAAUAAAAAUGUACAAAUCGUCUCGAGCGAUUAUUAUAUUAUUUACUUAGGUAGGUACGACAAACCAAGAGGCUAUAGUACCUCUUAUUAUCUUAUCAAACGAAUUAAUAUUUAUAAUGUUAUAUUAAUACGCAAAUAAUAUAAUAUUAUAAUAUUGUUAAUAGAAAUGGCCCGUUCCAAAGGCGUUGUGAAUCACAAUACAAAGGUACCUAUGUAUUAAUAUUAUAAUGUAAUAAUAUAUUAUGUAAUUAUAUCGUUGUUCUAUUUUUGUCACUCACACUGUAUCUGUUUAUCCAUAAUAUAACAUAGGUUUAAUUUUAAUCGUGUGUACGGACAGUGCCGAUAAUACUCGGAUUUAAACAUAACGAUUUGUUUGCAGAUAACAGUCACUGUUUUCGUGUAAUGCGACUGAUCACCGGCAAUGCCUCAUUUAUCGACAGCCCGGGAGAAUGGCCACAGCGAUAGUCGGUUAAAGUUGUUCAACGGUCUGUUCCGGUGGAAAAAAUCGGAAAAAGAAAAACAAAAAGGUUUGUAACAAUCUCUAAUACAUUCAAUAUCUGUAUAAUUGUAUUAUUUUUCGCUAUAUUUAACUAAUUCGUUAAACAUACUAAUUGUCUGCGUGUAUACAGCUAGACAGUUAAGUAAAAGCGAGGUCUGCAUUGCAACACCAAUGUCUGUGAAAACGAGAAAUUCGUGUCCUGCGUCUCCUGCCCUUUCCAUUCCCAGAUCCAGAGAUGUAUUCCAAGACAUGGAGGCUUUGAAAAUUUCUAGACACGACAAUCCAUAUUUGCAGGUAAGAACAAAAUAGUUUUACUGUAUUUUACUAUUCAGGAUCACUAAUUUUGUAGUAUAUUGCUCAUUCUUGAUAUUACUUAUACAUUUAUAAGAAUAAAUUACGUAUGUACCUACCCCUAUAUUACUCUAUUUUAUAAAAUAAAGAGUUUUUUUUUUUAUCUUUGGAACUAAAUUUUUUAAACCGAUUUUGAUGCGGUUUUCGCCAUUUUUAAAUAAUUACUUACUGCGUUAAUUAUUAUAGAAAAAUAAUUACUUGUGCUGUUAUUAUUUUUUUUUGUAACUUGUCAAAACACAUUCAAUUUUAAAUUAUCUCAUAUAAUUUCCCUUUCAAUUCUAAUAUCUAGAUAUAUUUAAAAAAAUAAUUAAUUUUUGAUUUUCAAUCAAUUCAACCAUAAUAUCAUACAUAAUGUAUAAACAUAAUAUCUAUACACUAAAAUAGCUACUUAUAUUAUAUAAUUUGAAUUUAACAAGAAUAUUUCAUUGAAAAUAUUAAUUUUACAUCAGAAGUAUCAGAGUAUCAGAAUAUCCAAUAGAUACCUAUUAAACAAAAUUAUAGUUAAUUGGCUCUAAGUAAUAAUUUUACUUGUCAAAUUGAGAAUAUCAAAGUGAUGUGGUAAAAUUACAUGUACUGAAAGGACAAAUUUUUUCUAUCACUUUUUAAUUAUAUAAUUCAAAUUACUAAAUUUUCAUUAUUUGAAUUUGAAUUCAAAAUUGUUAAUGAGAUUAUCAUUUGAAAAACGGAGGUCUAUUUUGUUUUUUAAAUUUUUUAAGGCGAAAUUAAAAAAAAAAAUUAAAAUUGUAUGAACCUGAUACUAAUACUUAUCUAGGUAGGUUAGGUGCCUUUAAAAUAAUAAUGAUUUUCUCAAUAUAUUCAUUUCUAUGAAAGGCUGGGUAGUAACUAGUUAAAGUUAAACUUAUUAUCAAUUUUAACUUAACUGGGUAGUUAAAAAAAACAUAGAAUGUUAUCAAAAAACUUGGUUAUUUCUUUUAAUAAAUACAUUUCUACAUACAAAUUAAGGAUAUAUAGUUAUUUAAUUUACACUUAUAAUCAACAAUAAACUGUUGCUAACAAAAAACGAUUCAGAGGAAAGUUUGGUUAUAAUGUUGGUUACACGUUUUAAAAGGUCGUAAUAUUUAUAAUUUUUUUGUCAAAAAUUGAUAUAAAGUCAUUAAAAAAGAAUUACAUUUUUUUUCUUACCUCUGAGUGUGACUUAUAAUGAACCUCCUGUCAAAUUUUUAAUCAUUUCUGUUUAGUCUAACAAUUUUAUUCACAGAGUUCCUACUAGAUAAAAAUUUUGUAAAAAUUAAUAAAAUUAAAAUGUCUAUAAAUAGCUCAAAAAUUGUUUUGAAAUUUUAACUUGUCUAGAAAAAGCAAGUAUAAGUUUUCUAUCAAAAUAUCAACUCUAUGAUUAUUUUUAAUUAAUAAGUUACAACAAAAAAAAAAUAAAAUUUAAAAUUAUUUUUGUAAAUUUUCCCAAAUUUUUACCCAAUUUUUAACCCAAUUGGGUUUUACCCAAUUAUUAAAAAAACCAUAAGGAAAUUCAAAAGGUUACUUUUUUGGUUAUCAACUAGAUUGCAGAUAGAAAUACAACAAAAAAAAUCUUGUUCAUUUAAUUUUUUUCCGAUUUUUCCUAAUUAUUAAAACUGUAGAGAAAAUCAAAAAUGACAUUUUUAAUUCACCAAUUUCCUUUCAGAAAAGGUGUUACACCUUUUAAAUCCAAUUACAAAUUGGAGUAAGAUUACUGGUACAAAAUUUGUUCAUAGACAGAAAUAAUAAAAAAAAACACAUCUUAAUAAAAUCAAUAAUGAAUUUUUAAUAUUAUCAAAUACAUUUAUGAGGCCGUAUUGAAAUAUUUAAUUAAUAUUUAAAAUCUCCCUUCCAGAGAAUUGUUAAUCCGACCAUACAAUAUUAAAUUUCAUAUUUCUAGCUAUAUUUUGAUAAAAUGAUAUUGUGUCCAACAAGUUUUUUUUGUUUUUAAUUGGGCUUCAAAGUUAGUCACCUCGGCUGGUUAGCUGUGCCGCUUUUUACUACCUACAAUUUUUUUUAGUUCCCAUCAGUUAACUUCACAUUAUGCAUUUGUGCGAAUGUAUUGCCUAUCUACCGUUUUAAUAGCAAUGAUUUCACAGUUUGGGCUAAAGAAACCCAGAAGUUUGCUUAUUCUAGCAUAUACUUGUUACUCGUCAAUAAUAAUGUUCAAUUCUUAUAAUAUAUAAACAAAUUAAUUAUUUUUGAAAUUAUUAAAUUAAAUUAAUAAACUAAUAUUCACCCAAAUAAAAUAAUUAAAUGUAUGUUUAUGUGUACUAUUUGUUUAUGCUACACAUGCAUAUUAUGUACCUACACAUAUUUAGAUAUACCAAGGUAUUUUGAAGAAAUUAAUGAUCAAAUUCUUCGAGAUUUAGGGCUUCACAAAAAAAAAAAUUAUGUUUGAUUUGUGAAAAAUUUUUUAAUUUCUCUACAAAUAUCUAAACUCGAAAUAGCUUUAAUAUGAAUUGAAAUUUAAACAAUAAAAAAAUGAUCACAUUCUUAAUUUUAAUCCGAUAUAUAGCUAAUGGUAAUUGAGUUAGUAUAUCAGUAUUGCUAUAUCUAAAUCUUUGAUAUAUUUUAUAGUAUAUGAAUACUUAUAAAAAUAUUGCAUAUCUGUAAUCUAUGAGCAGUCAUUAGAAUUCCUUUUCCUUUCCAAAAAUACUAAUAAACAGUUUAUGGUCAGUUUUAAAAACAUAUUGUCUACUAUAGAGUAAUUGAUGCAAUGUUAAACAAUAUACUAAAAUAAGAGCUUCUAUAAUAUGUAAAAUCUAUGAAUUUAUCUGUUCCAAUGUCCACCAGGCUAGCAUUUUUCUAGAUCUACAUGUCUCUUUGUAAAAUAUACAGAGCCGUAGUUACUUCAUAUUGUAUCAUGUUAUAUCAAAGAUUUAUUUUUGCUAAUAUGCCUAGUACCUAUAAAGCCAAUGUGCAGAGUACUUUUCCUUCUUGGAAAAUACUUGGAAGUCAUUGGCUCUGGAUUUGAGAUAACUAUUCACUUUUAAAUAUUUUGUUGAGUGUUACUCUGUAAUCACUACAUAAACGAAUCAUUCCAUCAGAUUUGAUUACUCGCACAACUGGAACUGACUAGUCUGAAGUUUUCAUAGGUACUAUAAUUCCUUCUUCAAUGGUUUUUAAAAUUUUUAAAAACAGUUUAUUAUGUCUACAUAAUUUAUAAGAUAUCCCAGAGAAAUAAUAACUAAUAUUGUACACUUUUAACUAACAUAACUUGCAAACAUUACAUUAUGGGUAGUUCAGAAUUACUAAACUUCAUAAUAAUAAUUAUUAUUUCUGGCAUGUGUUAUUUUAGAAGAUUUUUAUGUAUUUUUAUUUUUAUUGUAGAGUAUAAUUUUAAUAAUAACAAACUUGUAAUUAUAUUUAAUUUACUAUAUAUCAUUUCAAAUUAAACUUAGUUUUUAAUUUUAAUGUUUUAAUUCCUGUGAAUUUAUUAUUAUUUUUAUAAAAGAUUACUUACACUCUUGUUAUAGAGAAACAAUUGUCUUAGUAAUCAUGGUUUUAAAUUAUAAUUGACAUUUUAGUGGGGUCUUGUUUUUUGUUUUUCAAAAAUUGUGUACGAUUUUUAUUAUUUUUAUUAAAUAAUUUUGUCUACACCAUUAUUAAUGAUAAUUUAGUUACAAAUUAUUAUUUAUCACAGUACUGACAAAUUUUACCUAUUUUAAUUAACUUUAUACAUUUAAUUUAUUAAAUUAUUUCUUUAUUCUUGUAUUAUUUAAUAAAUUGCAUUAAUAAUUCCCCAAUCAAUUUAUGUGUAAAAUAUUAUCCAUAUCUACAGUAUUUAACAUAAUAAAACAUAAUAAUAUACAGUUUUAAAUGUACCUAAAUAUUUCUAGAUUAAUAAAUAAUUAAUUUUUUUUUUAGAAAAAAAUAUUAGCAAGCAGAGAAAGUUUAUUAGAUGACAAUAGUGUUGUAUCAGAAACAGAUAAUAUAGACACAAUGGCUCAGGUAACAUUUCAAAAUUUUAUUUAUUAUUUAAUUACUUACUAAAAUGUCUUCUUGAAAAAUACUUAUUAAAAUACUAAUUUGUAUUAAAAAAAUAUAGUCAUCUUUUUUAACUUUGUAAGCUGAAUCUGCCCUUAUUAUAUAGAAUAAAUAACUUUUACAUAUUAAAUAAAUAUAUUCAUUAUUUCGUAAUUUAAAGGAAUACUUGGCUGAUAUUGGCCCUGGUGCUUUAAUAGAACUUCAUCAACACAUGGUAAGAAGUCCACCUCCAACUACGUGGCCACGUAUCCCAAUAUUUAAGUAUGAAGAAAAGGACCAAACCCAAGUAAAUACACUUUUAUAUACUCUUGAACACUGCCACUAAAUAUUAUAAAUAAUAUCCUUUUAAAAUAUAUACAAUUAUUUUAGGAACUAUAUGGAGAUAGAUGUAAGAGUCCACAAGCCCGGUCACUUUUUCACAGCUCCUGUUCAAGUAUUUAUUUAUUUUUAUUGUAUUUAUAUUUAUCAAAUAUCUUUUUAAAUGUCGUCAAAUUUGUGUAUUAAUGCUUUUUGACGUGACAAUUUAGUACAAUAUAUAUGUAUAACCUAACUUAUACAUGCAGUUAUAUAUAAUUUUAUGUAUUCAGUUUGUAUAACUCAAUAUUUAAAUACAAUAUGUUAAAAUAUAUAUUCUAAUGUUAUUCUGCAUUAUGUAUUGCAGGUGCUUCUUCGAGUUGUGUAGUUUCCCCUCGUUAUAACCAUCAGUUUCGAUGUCAUCGAUCAGCUAGUGAAUCUCGAGGUAAACAUGUCUGAACCUCAUAUUAUAUUUUUGUAAAUAUAACAAUUAGAUCAAUCUCCCAUAAAUUGUAAAAUUAUGGACUUUACAAUUUUCGGACUGUAGACCGAGAAAAAGGAAGCAUAAGUUCACUUUUCAAUCCAUCAUCAUUGCUUUCAUUGACUGAUAAGUGUCGCCCACAUAACCGUUCAUCUGAGGAAAAUCAAAAACUCGUUUAAAACUGCUUCAAAUAUCUGUAUGUAUUUGGUUUUAUGUAAACAAUAAAUAUUAUAAGGGCAAUGUACAAUUAAAUAGUAAAUUAUUUAUAAUUAGUUUGCAUAGUUGUAGAUCAAUGU